AUGGCUUGUGCUGUAGAUUAUACGAAAAAAUCUAUUUUUGUAAUCACUGGUGCAUCAAAAGGCAUUGGACGUGAAAUUUCAACAAUGCUAGCGAAAAACGUAAAUAAAAAUUCAGUUUUUAUUUUACUGGCAAGAUCUACAGAGGGCUUAGAAGAAACUAAAACCCAGAUUGGAAAAAUAGACAACGGCUUAAAAGUUUUAACGUAUGUAACAGACCUCUCUAAACCCAAUUUUAAAUUUUAUAAUGAUCUGUUUGAUGGAGUUUUAAAAACUAUUGAUUCUACUGGUACAGAAUAUGGGUAUAUUUUUCAUAACGCUGCUAGUAAUGGACCACUCAAAGAAAUAGCUGGACUCAGUGACCUACAAAUCUGGCGAGACUUCUAUGAAUUUAAUUUGUUCUCAACUGUUUUGUUAAAUAACGCCUUCUUACAUAAAAUAAGUCCUGUUACUCAGAAAACUGUUGUGAUCAAUAUUAGUUCUGGAUGUGGAAUAGUGCCAUAUGAAAACUUUUCCUUGUAUGGAUCGUCCAAAGCAGCACGUCAACUGUUUUUCAAAAUUUUAGCUAUUGAACAACCGAAUCUUACUGUCUUAAGUUAUUGCCCAGGAGCUGUAAAAACCGAGAUGUUUAAUUCUGCAUGCGAUAAUGCAGAAUCGAAAAAAGUUAGAGAAGUAUUUCAAGAAAUGAGAAAAACCAAAAUGAUAACUACUGAACAGACAGUUGGUAAAUUGCUUGAAGUUUUAAAAAAAGGAGAUUUCAAGAGUGGAGAUGUUAUAGAUUAUCACAACCUGUAUACCAGUCUCAACAAUAUAAAGACUCUAAUGGACACAUAA